GCGACACAGGACUCCAGUUGCGGUAAAGUAGGGAAGAGGAGAGCUAUAGCCCUUUCAGUCUCCGACCCUGGGAGUGUUGCCCUCGUAGAUUUUCAAAAGUGUGGCUAAGGCUUUACAUAAAGCCUACUCUUAGAAAUACGUAUAAUCUUAUACCAGAGGAUAAUUAUGACUCCUACUUUAUGGUGACUUUUGUGCUGUGACCUCCCGUCAACAUGGAAGACCAAAGGACGUCUUCCAAACGAAUUUUAUCGGUCCUUUUAACGUUAUUUUGGUGCCAUGCGUCAUUAGCGAAUAAGGCUUGUCUGAACUGCUAUACAUGCAUUUGCGAAGGCCAGAAGGGACUCUUGGGAGCCCCUGGUAUCCCUGGUCUCCAGGGCUCAGCCGGCAUUCCAGGAGACCCCGGAUUUGAAGGUCCUGCAGGCCCCGUCGGCAGAAUUGGCGACUUCGGGGAGCCCGGAGCGAUGGGAGAGAAAGGUUAUCGAGGCGAAAUGGGCAUGCCAGGGUUCCAGGGCACGAGUGGCAUCCCGGGUCUUCCAGGAUUGGAAGGUCCAGCGGGCGAGACGGGGCCACCUGGUUGCAACGGCACAGACGGUCGUUCGGGUUUGCCUGGUCUUCCUGGACCUCCAGGUCUCAGGGGUCCUCCAGGCCCCGAAGGUACCAGAGGACCUGUAGGAGACACGGGCGAAGGAGGCACAAAUUCCCGAGGCGUCAAGGGUGACCAAGGAGAGCCGGGCUAUCCCGGAGGACCCGGAUACGGGGGUACCUCUGGACCCCAGGGUACUAGAGGUGAUCAAGGAAUACCAGGUCUUAAGGGACUUCGAGGUGACAAAGGUUUCCCAGGACCCGCGGGAGAAAGAGGCGACACUCCUCCACCAGUCCCUCCUGUUACUGUCAGAGGAGAGAAAGGGCAGAAGGGAGAACCCUCUGGCAUAAAGUUCAAGAAACCUCCAUCUGAAUUUGACCUGAUGGGAGGUAAAGGGGAUUCAGGUUUUCCUGGUCCUGCUGGCAUAUCCGGAAGCACUGGAGGACCAGGUUACAUUGGCAAGCUUGGAGAAAAGGGUAUCAAAGGAGAAAUAGGUAGAGACGGUCAAAAGGGAAAGCCGGGACGUCAAGGGCAACGAGGACCCCCUGGUGAAAAAGGCUUCAAGGGAGCACCUGGAUUUGCUGGAUAUCCUGGCCCCAAGGGUCCUAAGGGUUAUGAAGGCGUACCUGGUUUUGAUGGUCAACCUGGUCUAGUAGGAGAACCAGGUCCUGAAGGAAUGAGUGAUCUUGCCGACACUGUCCAGUAUAUAGGACCUCCUGGACCACAAGGUCCUCCUGGAUUGCCAGGUUUUCCUGGUCCUGAUGGUUUAAAUGGUCGACCUGGAGGCUUAGGGCUACGUGGUCCUCCAGGCUCUCCAGGGCCAGCUGGAUCUGAUGGCCAAAAUGGUGAUCGUGGGCGCUCGCAGCCUGGUGAAGAUGGUGAUGCUGGUUUUGAUGGACUAAUAGGGAAGCCAGGAAGGCGUGGCACAAGGGGUCCAGCAGGAUUCCCAGGUAUUAAAGGCAUCCCUGGCGAUUCUGUGUUUGGAAGCAAAGGAUUAGAUGGACGUAAUGGAAGACCGGGCAGCAAUGGUAUUCCUGGAGCCAGAGGAUUUUCUGGUCCUAAAGGCCCGAAAGGUUUACCUGGUGAGGGAGUUCCUACUCGGGGCCCAAAAGGACCAAAAGGUCUUCGUGGGCCACCAGGAGAGCCAGGAUUAAUGGGCCCCAAUGGCCGCAAUGGUAUCCCCGGAAGCAAAGGGACAGAAGGAGAUACCUGCAUUCCUUCUCCAAGAGAUCCAUGUGAAAGUGGUGAUCUUGGAAUUCCCGGGCCUCAGGGUAUUCAAGGCCGUUCAGGUCCUCCAGGUCUUCCUGGUCCCCGAGGUCCAAAAGGAGUCCCAGGAAAUCCAGGUCUCCCUGGUUUGCGAGGCAUUGAUGGAUUUAGAGGAACUUCUGGUGCUAAUGGAAGGGCUGGCAGGAAAGGUGAUGUUGGGGAUCUUGUACCAAGUGAAAGUAGCAGAGGUCGAUACGGAAGUGAUGGUGAACUAGGAAUACCAGGUCUUGCUGGUCUAAAAGGAGAAAGAGGGCCGGAUGGUGCAAUGGGGAGAAUUGGACCAGAAGGUAUUAAGGGUGAUCAAGGAAAUGAUGGAAUUCCUGGGAAUCCUGGUAGGCCUGGAUUGGAUGGAUUGCGAGGAGAGGAUGGUAUCCCAAUACACGGCCUCCCUGGCUCAAGAGGAACUAAAGGAGAGCAAGGAGAACCUGGAAUUCGUGGUCCACCUGGUCCUCUUAUAUUUCCUGGUGGCGCAAACUUGACAGAGUUCAUCAAAGGCAAGCGAGGACCCCAGGGUUUAAUAGGUGAAGUAGGUGAAAAGGGUACUCCAGGUGACCCAGGUUACCGUGGGGAUCCUGGUGCUCCUGGGCCCCCAGGGUUUAGUGAACAGGGGCCAAGAGGUUUAAAAGGAUACCCUGGACCAAAGGGAGAAAUGGGCCAUGCUGGGCAGAAAGGGUUCAAUGGCGACGAUGGAACUCCAGGAUUGGAUGGUAUACCAGGCUUGAAAGGUGAAGAUGGAGAGGAUGGGAUUAGUGGAAUCACAGGCCCUAAUGGAGAACCUGGCAGUCUUGGUAGUAAGGGUGAGCCAGGAAUAGACGGUAAACAAGGCUCGAAAGGCUAUCUUGGUUUACCUGGUCUUCCAGGUUUGAAAGGUGCCAAGGGGGCUCCUGGGAAUCUGGGCAUCCCAGGUCAAAAGGGCAUUCAAGGUGUACUUGGUGAUAGACUUCCUGGACAGCCUGGUGUUGCUGGACGUCCAGGUGCUCCUGGUUUUCCUGGUCCUCUUGGUAGUCCUGGUGGCCAAGGGCGUCCUGGUAUACCAGGUCCGAGUGGAGCUCCUGGAACUAAGGGAAACAUAGGGUUUGUAGGAGCACUUGGUGAACCAGGUAAUCCAGGUUUAGAUGGUAUACCAGGCUCUCCGGGAAGGCCAGGCAGUGCUGGAUUCCCAGGUCGCCCCGGCUUAAAAGGAGGAAGUGGAGUCCCAGGUAACCCUGGAAAUCCUGGUAACCCUGGUGCAUUUGGACGCCCUGGACCACCUGGCCUUGUAGGAGACCCGGGUCUUAAUGGAAAUAUUGGUUUUGAAGGCAACCCAGGACCAAAAGGCCCUCGUGGUUUUCCAGGUGAAGUAGGUUUUAGGGGACCACCUGGAGAAAACGGAACUCAUUUUGGUCACGGUGAUUUUGGUUUUCCAGGUCAGCCUGGUGACCCUGGUAGAAACGGGUUUCCAGGUACUCUGGGACAACUUGGAAUACCUGGAAUAGAUGGACGAGGAAUUCCAGGACCCAAGGGUCGAAUUGGCCCCAUUGGUUUUCGUGGCCCAAAUGGACUUCAAGGAAGGCAAGGUGCAAAGGGAGAAUCAGGCCUGAUGGGCAUACCAGGAACAAGGGGAGAAUCUGGUGAACCUGGAACUGUUGGAUUACCUGGACCACAUGGUGGAACAGUUGUUGGUCCCCCUGGUGCUGAAGGUUUACCAGGAAUCAAAGGAACGCCUGGAGAACCUGGCAGAUUUGGUAACCGUGGCUUACCUGGAGAUGUUGGAGCACCUGGUCUUUCUGGUAAACUUGGUCCCCCUGGAUUACGAGGUCCAGAUGGUGACCGAGGUCCCCAAGGCAUAAGCUUUGGUGCUACAAAAGGAGAACCUGGUUUACCUGGUUUAACUGGAGACAGAGGGGCCAAUGGGCUUCCAGGUAUUCAAGGAAUUAAGGGGGAAAUUGGAAACCAAGGACUUCCAGGUUUCGUCGGCCGUCCAGGGCUUCCUGGACAAAGGGGUGAUCCUGGAAGUAGGGGAUCAAUUGGUCCUCCUGGGUUACCAAGCAGAAAAGGAGAGCCUGGUGAAAAGGGAAUGGAAGGUCGUCCUGGAAAAAUUGGUCUACCAGGCCGCCAUGGCCAGAAGGGUCAGCCUGGUGACUUUGGACCUGAUGGUCCAGCUGGCAGUAAGGGUCUGCCAGGAUUAACCUCUCCAGGAUUGAAUGGUGAUCCUGGGGAUUCUGGAUUCCCUGGUCCUCCUGGAAGAAAUGGUAUCCCUGGUUUGGCAGGACGACGAGGACCAGUAGGUGAUCCAGGAUUUAGAAGUGGGUUCCCAGGUGAGCCUGGGUUUCCUGGUCUACCUGGUUUGAAAGGACUUCCUGGUGAACCAGGGCCACGUGGUUUUACCCAAGCCCCUGGUGAUAGAGGUUUGAAAGGAUCUCAGGGUGAACCAGGAUUUAUUGGACUUCAAGGACUUGCAGGUGAUAUUGGGGAUGCUGGAGAUCCAGGUCGACCUGGUAUUCCAGGGGCUUUCGGAUUGAAGGGUACCCCUGGACAACCCGGUAGAAUAGGAAGUCCAGGCUUCCCUGGCCCUCCAGGUCUACGAGGUGAUGUUGGUAACCCUGGUGGUCUUGGACCUUCUGGUUUUAUGGGUAAGCCUGGGCGUGAUGGAUUGAAGGGAAGAAAAGGUGCUAUUGGUGAUGCAGGUAGACCAGGUCCUACUGGGCAGCCAGGACCCAGAGGUAUUAGAGGUGAUCGUGGCUUUGAAGGUCGAAGUGGUACUCCUGGAAAACCAGGACUGGAUGGCUCAUCUGGUGACCCAGCUCCGCCUGGUCCACCACCAAAAUCAAGGGGUUACAUGGUCACUCGCCAUUCUCAAGAAUCAUUCACACCAUCUUGUCCAGCUGGUACAAAUGUUAUGUGGGAAGGUUACUCCCUUUUACAUGUGAUGGGUAAUCACAGAGCCCAUGGUCAGGAUCUUGGGGCUCCUGGCAGUUGCCUCAGGAGAUUCAGCACUAUGCCAUACCUCUUCUGUAACUUGAAUAACGUGUGUGAUUACUCACAAAGAAAUGAUUAUUCCUACUGGCUCUCAACAACAGAACCCAUGCCAAUGAUGAUGACACCAAUUACAGGACCAGAAAUUGAAAAAUAUAUAUCAAAGUGCGUUGUAUGCGAAGCUCCGUCAAUGGUUAUUGCAGUUCACAGUCAAACACUAGAUAUUCCUGACUGUCCACAAGGCUGGGAGUCACUCUGGAUUGGAUAUUCAUUUAUCAUGCAUACUGACUCAGGAGCUGAAGGAUCAGGACAGUCAUUAAUCUCACCAGGAUCUUGUCUGGAAGAUUUCAGGUCCAGUCCAUUCAUUGAGUGCACUGGUCAUGGUCGAUGUAAUUUAUUCCCCUCUGCAUUCUCCUACUGGCUUGCCACUAUUGAAAUUGAGCAACAGUUCAGAAAGCCAAGACAGCAAACACUUAAAGCUGGGGACCUAAAGAGUAGAAUUAGUCGUUGUAACACCUGCAUGAGAAAGAGAGGUGGUAGUACAAUACCUACUCCACCACCCGAGUAUCAACAGCCUCCACGCAGAGAGGAUGAUUCAUACUUCUUCAUUGGAAAAUAAAAAUCCUAGUUUUUGAUGGCAAGAGACCACUCAUUUUAAUUCUUUCACUCAUACUGUCGCUUUUGGUCAAUCCAACAUACAAACAUUACUAGCUAUUUAAAUUUUUGCAUUUUAAGUGUAUGUAUUUCCUUAAUUGUAAAAAUUUGUGUUGUCCAUGUAUUUAAGUAAAUGAGGUGCUGAUGAAUAACCUUGUAUCAUGGAUAUCAGUUAGAAAAUUCUCUAAUGAUUGCAGGCAUCUGUGAUAAAAAAUAGUAUCUAUGAUAAGGAAACAUUUUUACCAGUAUAGAAAAUGCAAUGUGUGACAUGAAAAUGCAAUGUGUGACAUAUGAUAUGAGUAUCCACACUUACAUUCCUCAUUGAAGUACUUUUCCUGUCUAUAACAUAGGUACCUUUUUCCAAUAUCACCCAACAUUUAUAAUCAAGUUCCAUGAAUAAUGAUUAUUAUAAUUGUAAUAUGCUGAAUAUUUGGAAGGGUCACUUAUAGAAAAAAAUUAAAAAUUUUUGCAAAGAACAAAUUUUUUUGCAUGUAACAACGGAAGAGUAAACCCACUUACCUGGUGUCUUCCCCUCCUUUACUGGCAAAUUAGAGUAUAUUAUCUAUUCUAAUUAUUGGCACAGCACCACACAGUUAGUAGCUAUAAAAAGAUACUAAACUUGUAUUAAAAUUAAGCACUACAUGUGUAAGUAAGUAAAAUCUGAUGCAUCUAUUGUAUCAUGAACUCAAAAGUGAUUAAUGAAUUUAGAUGAAAGGAAAUGUGUGUUUCUGAAAUCCAUCUUUGAAAAAAUUGUGCUUGUAGCUGAUUGCAAAAUUAUUAACAAAGACCUAUGAACUUGAUCUAGAAAAUACAUAAAUGAUGUCUUAAAUGUCAUCCCUCACUGAAAAUAGUAUAUUGUACUUCCUUUACUAAUAUUUGUCAAGAAUUAACUUAAAAACACAGAUGUCUUACAAAUUUGGAGAAUGAAUGGUCUUUUAAUAAUUUAUGCAACAUAUAAAUUAACUAAGAAUAUUUAUAUGUUUAUGAUAUAAUAAAACCUUACAUUAUGGAAUAACCAUUACUACAGAGUAGUACCUCUCCAAUGUAAAGAAUGAAUUACAAUAGUACUGCAGACACCUUCCACAGUGAAAAUCCGAGUCUUUGCAACAAAUCCUGGACUAUGAAUAUGAGUUUAAUGCAAUUAACUAUAACUGAAUAUUGAUCAUGGCUAAAGCAACUAUGAUAAGCCAGACAUAUUAGACAGUUUUUGUUUGCUAAAUGGAGGCAAUGACAUAACUUUCAUUUAUUACACAAGUUAAAACUUUGACAACUAAGAUUCAAGUCAUCCUAUGAAAGGAUAUUGAUUAACACCUCUGGUCUAUAACGAUCUGAAUAAGUCAGCUAAGUCGCUCACUGCCAUGUCAAGAAUACUGUUAGUAUAUAUCCUGUUUUGUUAGCCAAUUGUAAGAAAAUCUUGUACUGUAUAUAUGUGUAUCUUCAUUCUCUACUUUUCAACAAUUUUCUGUCUGAGAAAUCCUUUGUAAAAAAAAGAAAUAUUACAAAUAAAUUAAUUUUUUUUCUAAA